AUGGAGGCGAUGCGAAGAAGAAUCAUGGAGGAGCAGCUGGCUGCUAUGGAGCAAGCCAGGCGCGAACAGGAGCAGCAACUCGAUUCAUCCUCCUCCCAUCGCCUUGCUGGGCCAUCCUCUUCCACCAACGCUUCGGGUACGAUCUUGAAUCCUGCCAUCUCAUCUCUGCCCCACCGCAACAAGCACGCGCCACCUCCCAAAGUCAAGCUUUAUCAACCGCCUCUGGUGCCGUACGUUCCGGCCAACGCGGCUCAGCCUGUAGCCAAAGACAGCAACAUCAACAGCAACAGCGGCGCAGCCAGUAGAGGCUCCGGAUCCCGCGCCGAUCCCAUCGUCUUUGGCGAGUCUUCCCCCAUUGGCGCUGCUUCCCGUUCGAAUCCUUUUCAGUCAGCCGGCUCUAGCUCAAGUACAAAUACCAUUCUGGUAAGACCGACUCCCUCUUCUUCGUCCACUUCCAGCUACGCAGCAUCGCAACCAUUCCGCUCGCCCAACUCCAAGUCUUCCCAAGCACCUUUCAUUUCGCCAAAGAGCACUCCACCAUCACAGCCACUCAAGAACAACAAUCCGUUCUACCACCCGCCUCUCGCGCAGCGCUCUUCACCUUCCAAAUCGAGAUACAACACCUCUCAAUCUCUCUUCAUGAGUGCAGACUACGAGCCAAUCGCAGCGCCCGAUCGCACCACAUUUGCAGAAAAUGCUGCCGGAGGCCCCUCUAUUGAUGCUGCCACUCGUGACAAGCAGAUCCAGGACCUUCUUUCCAACAUGGUCAACGUCACCGAAGUCUCGGACGAUGCAAAGACCAGUGCACACAUCCCCGGUCUCAAGUGCAUGCUCCUCCCGCAUCAAGUGCAAGGCGUCACCUGGAUGCGAGAGCGCGAGAAGGGCAAAGCCAAAGGUGGCAUCCUUGCCGAUGACAUGGGGCUCGGAAAGACUGUUCAGACGCUGGCCCUCAUCGUCUCGAAUCGUCCCGGCCAGGAUCUGUCCACCAUUGAUCUCGAUGUGCCCGCAGAAGCCGAGCGUGGCAAAAGCGGCAAGAAGCCGGCCACCAGCCAGAGCGCCGUCGAUAUGGUAUCUCCUCCAACUCCAGCAGAGCUCCCGCGCCUAGAGAUGGCCUCUAAGACCACGCUCAUCAUUGCUCCUCUGGCCGUCAUCAAGCAGUGGGAGCGCGAAGUCUCCGAAAAGACGCAAGCGGGCCUCAAAGUUUACCUCUACCACGGCCCUUCACGUGCCAAGAAGGCGUCUCACUUCAGCAAGUUCGACAUUGUCAUCACAACUUACACCACAGUCGCCAGCGAAUACGGCAACUACCUCUCCAAGCUCGAGGGCCUAGCCAAGGGCACUACACCCAUCACGGCCACCUCCACAUCCAAGUCCAAGCCCAAGUCCAAGUCCAAGCCCAGCUCCAAGUCAAUUGGCCGUUCCAAUGCUCGAUCCUCACGAGCAGACUCGGAUGCCGAAUCCGGCCCUGACAACGGCCUCAUCGAGGUUGACUCGCAAGACUCUGACGAUUCUUUUGCAGGUCCCACCUCGACAGCCAAAGUGAUCAAGAAGAUUAUGCCCACACCACUCUUCGAGUCUCCCUGGCUUCGCAUCGUGCUCGACGAAGCACAGAACAUCAAGAACCACAAAGCCAAAUGCUCGCGAGCCUGUUUCCUCCUCGCUGCCAAUGCUGCUUCCCGCUGGUGUCUCACAGGCACGCCUCUGCAAAACGACGCUUACGAGAUGUUCUCGCUCAUCCAUUUCUUACGCAUCCAACCGUUUGACGACUUUGCCCACUUCAAAGAAAAGAUCGGCGAGCCGCUCAAGUCGAACAACCAGAACAGGGUUAAUUGGGGUAUGAAGCGUCUCUGCUUCGUUUUGCAGACCAUCAUGCUGCGUCGCACUAAAGAAGCCAAGACCGACGAUGGAAAGCCCAUCCUCAACCUACCAAAUCGCAACCUCGAGUUGCUUGAGCUCGACUUUGACAGUCCGCAGGAAAAGGAAUUCUACCUUGGUCUGCAGGAGAGAGUUCGACAGGCCUUUGAAAAGGAAGACGAGCGCCAGAAGGCUACGGGCAAGAAGACCAACAUGAUCGCCUCGCUCGUGCUGCUGCUCAGGCUGCGCCAGGCGUGCAGCCACCCGGCCUUGGUCACAGGAAGCCUUCGCACGGAUGCAGGAGCUAUUGGUUCUGCUGCCAACAACUCCAACUCCGCCACCGAGAACGAGAGCUCGCAGCUGAACGCUACUGCUGCUGUGGCCGAAGAGGAAGACGACGACGAUGACGGCUUGGCUGCAAUGCUUUCGGGACUCAGUGUGCGCACCAAACGUUGCGAUCAAUGUAGUGUCGAAAUCCCUGCCAAUGCUGCAACGCCUUCUACCGACACACCCAACCAGCCAGGCGACCUCAUGGCCGCCAUCAAUCCGGAUCUUGCGAAUCGCCUGCUCUGUGUCGAGUGCACCGACCUUGCCAACAACCACUCGCAGGAUCUAUUUGCAACCUCCUUUGGCUCCACCAAGACCCGUAAGAUGCUCUCGCUUCUCUCGAAGAUCCGCACCGAGGAUCCGACCGAGAAAACGAUUGUGUUUUCGCAGUUCACCUCUUUCCUCAAUCUCGUCGAACCGCACCUCGCACGUCAUCACUUCAAAUACGUGCGGUACGACGGCUCGAUGAAACCUCAGGAUCGUGAGGCGGCGCUCGAACGCAUCCGCGACGAUCCGUCCAUCACUGUGAUUCUCAUUUCGUUCAAAGCAGGCAGUACGGGUCUCAACCUGACCAGCUGCAGCCGAGUCAUCUUGAUGGAUCUCUGGUGGAAUCCGCAGAUCGAGGAGCAGGCUUUCGACCGAGCGCACCGACUGGGCCAGACUAGAGACGUCACGAUUUACAAGCUCAGCAUCAAGGACACGGUCGAGGAGAGGAUCUUGAAGUUGCAAGAGAAGAAGAGGGCGUUAGCGAAAGCGGCGCUUGAAGGAAGCAAGCUGGUCAAAGGCAACCGACUCGACUUCAAGGAGAUCUGGUUCUUGUUCAACGGCACCGACCAGUAG